ACGUGUUAUUUGUAUUAUCGAGUGUGUGUGUGCGGAUGUGAGGGGGGGGUGUGUUUGCGGGACAACGAGCUGUGUUGUGUGCGCGUGAGUUUAACGCAAAGCUGGCGGACUUCGACAUGGCGUCCGGCGAAACGCUGUACAUAGAGACGGACGGCGCGGACAUGCCCACGGAGAUCGUGGAGCUGCACGAGAUCGAAGUGGAAACGAUAGAAACGACGGUGGUCGGCGGGGACGAGGACGAGGACGAGGACGAGGACGAUGAACAUCAGCCCAUGAUCGCGCUGCAGCCGCUGGUGACCGACGACCCGAGUCAGAUCCACCACCAUCAGGAGGUGAUCCUGGUCCAGACCCGCGAGGAGGUGGUCGGCGGAGACGAUUCGGACCUCCGGGCGGACGACGGCUUCGAGGACCAGAUCCUCAUCCCGGUGCCCGGCGCGGAGGAGGAAUACAUCGGACAGACUUUAGUGACAGUCGCGGGGAAGAGCUCCGUGGGGCGGAUGGGGAAGAGGUCGGGCGCGGGCAGCAAGAAAUCGGGCAAGAAGAGCUACCUGAGCGCGGCGGAGGGCACCGGGAGAAAAUGGGAGCAGAAGCAGGUCCAGAUCAAGACCCUGGAGGGGGAGUUCUCCGUGACGAUGUGGGCAUCGGAUGAUAAGAAGGACAUUGAUCAUGAGACAGUGGUUGAGGAACAGAUCAUUGGAGAAAACUCGCCUCCGGAUUAUUCUGAAUACAUGACCGGGAAAAAACUUCCUCCUGGAGGAAUCCCGGGAAUCGACCUGUCGGAUCCCAAACAGCUGGCGGAGUUUGCCAGAAUGAAGCCCAGGAAGAUCAAAGAGGACGACGCGCCCCGAACGAUCGCCUGUCCACAUAAAGGCUGCACUAAAAUGUUCAGGGAUAAUUCAGCCAUGAGGAAACACCUCCACACUCACGGCCCGCGGGUUCACGUGUGUGCUGAGUGCGGGAAAGCGUUUGUGGAGAGCUCGAAAUUAAAGCGUCAUCAGCUGGUUCACACUGGAGAGAAACCCUUCCAGUGCACUUUUGAGGGCUGCGGGAAACGCUUCUCGCUGGACUUUAACCUGCGGACGCACGUCCGCAUUCACACCGGGGACCGACCCUACGUUUGCCCGUUUGACGGCUGCAAUAAAAAGUUUGCUCAGUCCACCAACCUCAAAUCGCACAUUCUGACACACGCCAAAGCCAAAAACAACCAGUGAGCGCUUCUUUGUGUGUCCUAAAGCCCCGACGCUAAACGCAUCUUAGCACUGGAGACGUGAACCGACGCUCCGCUGCGCUCGGUCGCUCACAACCAAUCAAAGAACUCGAAGGAACGUCUGCAAGUUGUGAUGACCCCUGCAUUCAUCUGGACCCGGAGCUGAACCGGGCCCAAACAGACCUUCCCGAAGCCCUCGCGUUCAACAAGACGCCACAUUUCAGACGCUUUUUACCACAAAGACGACAUUCGGAAGGGAGCUUCAUUUUCCCACUUUUACUUCAGUCUCCCUGCUCCUCAUAGACAUAAAGCUUUUAAUUUUGUAUUUCUCAAGUGUGCAUAUUGUACACUUCUUUCUGGGAUAUGUUUAGUAAUGAUCAUGAAUUAUCCCUGACGAUUUACGAGUGGUGACAUGUUCUUCACAGACGGGGUGAUGAUAUUAGUUACUGUACAAUGAUGCUCUAAGUAUUUUUAUGUACCUUUCUUUUGUGUUGGCUUUUGGUGUUUUGUAUGGUUGUAUUGGAACCAUUAAAUGCUGGCGUGAGAUCAUGUAGAAUCGAGCGGCAGUGAGUCGGCCCGUGUGUUUUCUGCUUUGAACCGCAGCACACGUGAAGAACGUGUUGGCAUCCAUCUCAACUGAAGAGCGUUAACUGUUGAUGUUUUUCUUUGUUAGAACGUAUGUAAAAAUCUAAACUAUCAACUAUCCUUUGUUAAUAUUUACACUUCAUCUGUAUUUCAGUGAGCUAAAAUUAAAAAAGAGGGGAAAUAAUUUGUCACAUUCGUUUGCAUUAAAGCUGGAAGUGAAUGAAGUUUUUAACUCUGAUUAACCUUAAAUAUGUUAGAAUAAAUGAUGAGAUUUUGGGCA